ACCUCGUGCGCUCGGACCGCGUCUCGCGCAGCUGGGAGUUCACUAGCGAGACUUCAGUUCACCGUCGUUCAAGGACAGAUAAAACCAAAGAGUGGUGUUUUUUCAGAUUAACAGAGGAAGAAUUAGGUCAUCGCGUUCUGGUCGAAGUGUUGGGCUCAUCAUGAAGAUGUGCGUGAUAACAGCGAUGCUUUUCCUGGUGCUCUCCGGGCAGUGCGGCAUCCUGGCUGGGAAAGUGAAUAAGCACAAACCAUGGAUCGAGACGUCCUACCAUGGUGUCAUCACCGAGAACAUGGACACUGUACUGCUCGACCCUCCUCUGGUCGCACUGGACAAAGACGCCCCUGUCCCUUAUGCAGGAGAGAUCUGUGCAUUUAAAAUUCAUGGGCAGGAGGCCCCAUUUGAGGCUGAGGUGUUGAACAGGACAUCUGGUGAAGGUGUGCUGAGGGCCCGGGGUCCCAUAGACUGCGAGCAGCAGAAGGAGUACACCUUCAUCAUCCAGGCCUACGACUGUGGAGCCAGCCCAAGUGGAGCCAACUGGAAAAAGAGCCACAAGGCGGUGGUUCAUAUCCAGGUGGAUGAUGUAAAUGAGUUCUCCCCAGUGUUCAGGGAGCCUUUAUACCGUGCCACUGUUACUGAGGGCAAGAUCUAUGACAGCAUUCUGCAAGUUGAGGCCUGGGAUCAGGACUGCUCUCCGCAGUACAGCCAAAUCUGCAACUAUGAGAUCGUUACACAGGAUACACCUUUUGCUAUUGAUCGAAAUGGCAACAUCAGGAACACGGAGCGACUGAGCUAUGACAAACAGCAGCACUACAAAAUCAUGGUGACCGCUUACGAUUGUGGCCAGAAAAGGGCGACAGAAAGUGUCUCUGUUCACACUGACGUCAAACCAGUGUGCAAGCCUGGCUGGCAGGGUUGGAACAAGCGUGUGGAUUAUGAACCUGGAACAGGCAGCAAGCAGCUCUUUUCCAAGAUGCACCUGGAGACCUGUGAUGGCCCUUUAUCUUCAGUGCGAGCCAUGGUGGAACUACAGACCAGCCAUAUUGGGAAGGGCUGUGACAGAGAGACCUAUUCUGAGAAGUCUCUGCAAAAGCUCUGCGGUAAAGACAACUUCAGCAAAAAUCUUUUAUCAGCCCCAAAUGUGGGAAUCUCGUCCACCAAUUGGACGGCUUCCUUGCUGACAGACAACGGUCGAGACAGUGACCUCAUCUUCAGAUUUGAUGGACGACAGGCGGCCAAUAUCCCAGAGUGGGUCGUGCCACAGAACCUGACAGAUCAGUUUACCAUAGCAACAUGGAUGAAGCACGGGCCAAGUCCUGGACUGAGAGCCGAGAAGGAGACAUUGCUGUGUAAUUCUGAUAAAACUGAGAUGAACAGGCAUCAUUACUCUUUGUAUGUCCAUAACUGCCGUCUGGUGUUUCUUCUGAGGCGAGACUUUAUUCAGCUGGACUCCUUCAGGCCGGCAGAGUUCCACUGGAGACUGGAACAGAUCUGUGAUAAAGAGUGGCAUUACUACGUCAUCAAUGUGGAGUUUCCUUCAGUGACGCUUUUCGUAGACGGAGUGACAUACGAACCCUACCUUGUGACGGACGACUGGCCUAUCCACCCCUCUGAGAUCGACGUACAGCUAACCGUAGGUGCCUGCUGGCAAGGAGGAGAGGUGACCACUCCAAGGUUCACACAGUAUUUCCGGGGAAGCCUCUCAGGCUUGACUAUCCGACCUGGGAAGAUUGCAACUCAAAAGGUGAUCUCCUGCCUACAGGCUUGCAAGGAAGGCCUGGACAUCAGCUCGCUUGAGAGUCUGGGAAAAGGCAUAAAGUUCCACUUCAACCCGGCUCAGUCAGUGCUGGUCAUGGAGGCAGAUGACUUGGAGAGCAUCAACACAGCCAUGACAAAAGUUUCCUACAUCAACUCUCGGCAGUUUCCCACUCCCGGUCUGCGCAAACUCCACAUAACCACUACAGUCCAGUGUUUUGGUGAAGAUACGUGCAUCUCCAUUCCUGACAUCAAAGCGAUGGUGAUGGUGCUGCCGCCCAGUGAACCUCGGAUCACCAUUGCUGGAGUGGAGCGGCUGGUUUGGCCCGCGGCUCAGCUCCGGGCCCCUGUCGGGGUGGACCUGUUCAAGGACAUACACAUCAUUAGUACCGUCACCAAGACUGACGCCACCCUCAGCAUAGUCCGGAGGCCUGGUGUGCUGGAGUUGAUGCAUAACCUGGAUUAUUGUGAUGUGCUGGUGAUCGGAGAGGAGCUGGAACCGGAGCGGGAAAGUCUGGAGAUCCACCACAGCUCUCUCUUGGGCAAACAUCUGGAUGCCACCAACUCUACCUCUGGCAUCUCCAUCUACGGUGUGGACUCCAUGGCGCAUUAUGAACAGGCCAUCAGGCAGGUGAGAUACCGUAACUGGAAGCCUGGCGGUCUGUCUGAGAGAAGGUUCCGGCUCAGUUGCUCUGAACUGAAUGGACGCUACACAAGCAAUGAGUUCAACUUUGAGAUUGGAAUAGUGCGCAGCUCAGAGGCCGUGGAGCAUGUCAAUCACAUGGCUGUCCAAUCCCAGUUCAUGAGACCGGUGCAUCAUCCACUGGUGGUUCAUACUGUCAACUCUGAUCACAUCUCAGGUACCCCUCCUGCUGCGACUGUGGUAAUUGUAAUGUGCAUUGCCACUCUGGUGGUCAUUGUGGUCUUGGGCAUCUACCGCAUCCACACCACCCACCAGGACGGUUCAAAAGAGGACGAAGAGGGAAGAAAAGAUCCAGAGAUGGACUGGGACAACUCCAAUCUUAACAUCACUGUUAAUCCCAUGGAGGGCAUUGAUGGGGCUCAGAUUGCUGAGGAGGUGAGGGAGGAGGAGCCAGAGAAAGAGGAGGGUGAAGACGAAGAGGAGGAUGAACUGGCAGGAGAGCUCUCUAGUGCUGAAUCUGAGGACAGUGAUGAAGAGGAGGAGGCUAGCAUCCAGAAGGGAAGAGUGAAAGGAAAGCUGGAGUGGGACCCGUCUACGUUACCCUAUUAAAACACACACACACACAUACAUAUGUGCAUACACCUUCACACAAGCAAGAUUCACAUGCAGACAUAGACUUGUGCACACACACAUACAGACGUACACAUGCAUACAUAAAACACUCGCAUUUAAUGCCCUUUCACACUUACAGAAGCCAGAAUUUAUUGCCUGAAAAGCUGUCACACAUCAGCCUGAUUUUGACUCUUUCCUACACCCACAAAAAGCAUCCUGCUGGUCAAUAUUGGGAAUUGCACCCCUCAGUCCUGCAAAGCCUGUAUGUACUUCAGUAGUAUAAAGCUGCAGUGUCUCAAUAGAUCCACAAAAAGUAAAGAUAAUUUGACACAGAUAAUUUGCAAUUAAUUGUGAAUCAACACCCCUGGGAUGUUUUUUAUUUACAUAAACUGUUUUGUUUUUUUUUGUCUGUCGAUUAAUCAGAUUAGAGUCUAACAUCAUGAUGCUUUCUUCCUUUCUGAAAUACUAAACUAAUAUUUGACAGUGUGGCUAUGCCUUCACCAUUUGUUGUCUUCAGAGUAGCAUUGAAUAUUGCAUUGAUUUGCAAUAGUAAAUACCCAAAAGUUGUUUUUUGCAAUGAAAAUAUAUACAAUAAUGAUAUUUUCUUCAUUUGAAAUCUAGCAAAUAGGUUUAUUUUAGAUCCUCAGAGAGAUUUUGAGAUGGUUCUCUUUCAGCAAAAGUUAUAUAGUAAGGAGAUAACAUGAAAAAAAAAAUCAUUUUUUAGUUUUUUUGGGGGGGGGAUUUCUCUGUGGUAAGAUAGGAGGAAGUGUGUCUGUACAUUUUUAUAUGCCUGUCAUCUGUAAAUAGGGAACUGUAGAGUAGUUGAAUGGUGACUCAGAUUCCUCACGUCCUCCUGCAUCCCUCACACAGCCUGUUUGUGUCCACACUUGCUUGCUGAAGAGGAAGUUUCCUCCUCCUCCUCUCUCUGUCUGUGUUCAUCUCUCUUUCAUUGUUCAUGGUGUCCUCACCUCAACUGCGGAUGGGUUCUCCCUCACUUCACCUCAAAUAGAUUUGUCUGAGUCUCUGUAGACAAAGACACUUUUAAACUAUUAAAGGAAAGAAAAUAGAAGAAAAUUGUUCAAUGGUUUUAGCCUGGAGCUAUUUUGGUAUAUUGUGAAGGUCUUUACUAACCUCCCCACAGUGUACAAUUCAAUUAAAUCUUUCAGGAAAAGAAAUGAAAUUGACAUGUAAGUAAACUACAGACAAAAGCAAAAAAAAAAAAAAAAGGCUUUUGACUGUGUUUUGUUUUCAUAUAGAAGAGAGGUUUAUGUAAAACCAGAGCAACUGUAGAUGAUAUUUAAUUUUUUCUCCCCUUGACGUGCAUUUAUGAAUAUGUGCAUUGGGUUUCAUGUAAUGUCUGUUGCAGUGGUUAGGAUUUCUCAUGCCAUCAGCCAAAACGUGCUUGUGAUGUCAGCCUUGUGAGACAUCCCGUUCCCCCUCCGUCCACCUUCCACACCUUUCAGUCCUAUAUUUCACUAGUCCUUUUUACCGUGUGUGUUAUAGAACAGAAACAAAAAAGAAACUUUUAAAAAGAUUGACCCUGUAAAAUCAUGUAAGACUAUUCUUUUGUAUAUGUUUCUCUCCUUUUGUUUUGUAAAGGGUUUUUGUUUAACUUCUUUGAUGGUCACUGCAGCACUUUCUGUACAUUGACCAAUAAAGACUUUCCUUAGAA